UGAGAGCAAAAUUUAUCAUCUGAGCACAGUAUUUUUUACCAGCUAUAGAAUCACGACAAAAUGAAUCCACACAAAUGUGAUCAUCACCAUCAUGAUCCAGCACCAGCAGGUUAUUAUUGGCGGGAUUAUAGCGGCGAAGUACCUAAAGACGCAUAUCCGGCUGGACAUGAUUUAAACAACAAACCCACCUACAUCGGUCAAGCAUAUUUAUCAGGGGUUGGUAUUAUACCGACAACUGUUUACCCCGGUCAAACCGGUAUGAACUUACCCUGUAACUGGAAAGCCAAUUACUCUACCAUCGGCAUGAAAAUACUUUGUACUUCAAACCCGAAUUCUCUUUCUUGGGAAAACGCCAAUGCUUCGGAUCUACAUCUGACCACAAUUGGCAAACAAUUAGUCGUUGGAGGUUAUGAAAUUGAAAAAAUGCUCAACGUUGGACGAGUGAUGCAUCAAGGGGAAUUAAUCGCGGGAAAAGUGCUUGUGUAUAACAUAGGAAGCGCCCAACUUCACUAUAUUGGUGGUGGCACAGAAGUUGCUGUUAGUUCAUAUCAAGUUUUAACACAAAGUUCUCCAAAUAAAUGUUGUUAGUUCAUA